AUGGCCUUCAAAACUUUUCAGACACUGAGGCAGCGGAUUGAGGCAGUUAAGAAGCACUGCCGGACCCAGCCAGAAAAACUUAUGAGGCGUGACACCUACCAGAAGAUUAUGCUCUACUAUGUUGAAACGGCUGUCAAGGGCACCUUCAAGCGAGCUUCUUCGAUUCAAGUCAACCAGCGAGCACGUCUUCAGAUUGAGGGCCUUGCGAUGCCGCUCAGUCUGGAUGGUGCCCCAGGACAUACACCAGCUUGCGGCGACAGCGCAGGCGAUGUACACGUGGAGGAUUUGACCAAGGACGAGGGCGUGGAGGAUCAGGCUGGGAAGCUCCGCAAGAAGCUGGGCAUUCCAGAGCUUGACCCAGACGCCCUACCUAGUGCAAACUUGAACAAAUACUUGCAAGCGCUUGCGAAGCGCAUCUCAACCACAGCUACGAUGGCGGACAAGUUUCGGGACGCACAGAAACAGACAGAUGUCCAGCAACGGCUUGGAAAAGCCCUCAGGGAUUCGGUGACUGACCUGGAGACAGUACACACGGAUCUUGCCAAGGAAUACUCGGCAGGUGUUGUGAAAGGCUUCACAAAGGAGGAUGAAUGCCGGCUGAAGACCUUGAUUGACAAUGCGCACGAAAAGGCAUCGAACAGCCUUUCUUUGGAAGCUCGAGCAAGGCCCUUUGCGCCGAAGGUUCCGGCAGCAACUCUGAGCGGCUUUGCUGCUGCAGCCAGGAAGGAGCUAGGUGGUCCUGAGCUGUCAACUUCCUCCAGUUCCAAGAAUGCUUGCAGAAAUGCUCAUGCCUUCAUUCGCAAGUGGGGUCUUAGUUGGCAGAUCCCCUUCUCUUACAUCGACUAUGGAGAUUUGAAGGUUCCAUACCUCUCUCCUCAAUCCUUCAUGAAAUUUCUUUUGAAUCGAGCACCAGAACUCGUCCUGGGAGGGCAGGAAAUUUCAACCGGACAGCAGUCUCUCAAAAAGUUUUGGGACACUCAUGAGUCUUUCCAUCCUACGCAUGCAGUCUACCAGCUUCAACAACCAGAAAGAACAAGAGGAAACACUUUAGUGCUGCAGCUUCACGGAGAUGAGGGCCGGGGAUUGAAGAAAGGUAAUACAUGCGUCAUCAUGGUGGAGACCGUCUUGGGGCUGGACAGUUUCCAAUCAUCGUCCAAAAGGCAAUCCAGGGCCUGCGAAGAUUGCUGUUUGAGCGAGAAAUCUGCAAAGCGGUGUCGGCUCGCCUCUGGCUUCAGGGAAUGUUCAACCAGUGUCUCUAGCGAUGACUGCCCUACACACAUGCAAACAAACUACAAGUUGCACUCGUACCUGACUCGAUUUGUGUUGGUUGUCCUUCCCAAUCGCUUGAGCAAAGACAAGAACUUGCUCAACCUGAUCUUCAUUCGACUCACCGAAGACUUCAAAGAGUUGUUUGAGAAGGGUGUUGCCACACAGUCUGGGCGGUGGUUCGGGGCCCUGUUGGGGUUCAAGGGGGACCUCAAAUGGUAUGAGAAGAUUGCUUCACUGGAUCGAUGCUUCAAUCGGCAAUUGAAGUUGGACGCUCACAUGUGUCAUGAGUGUUUAGCCGGCGCUCCCACGCUGCCUUUCGAGACGAUCUCUCACCAUCCAGCCUGGGAGGAAACAAUCUAUUCGCAGAGACCCUGGUCCUUUCCUCCACCUUGGGAAAGCAUUCCUUUCAAUGUGGACAACCAGAACCCCAAACCUGAGAUGAUUCUCAGACGCGAUGUAUUCCACAAUUUCAAGCUUGGUGUUCUGCGUGAUUUCACUGCUUCAGCCAUCCUCCUCCUGUGCCACUUGAAGUAUUUUCAUGAAACGAAGACGCGUGGGUCUGGAAUCAGCAACAAAAUUGAUGUUCUGCUAGAGCGAGCCUAUCACCACUUCAGGCUUUACUGCGAUACAUCGAAGAGGUAUCCAGCACUACAUAGUUUCACCCCAAUUUUCUUCAACCGUACCAAGUCUACAGACUACCCCUGGAUGAACGCAAAGGGCUCUGACAUAGUUCUGGUAGUGGCCUGGCUUCGGGUCUUUGUGGCAGGCCUACUUCUCAAUCCACUUGCUGAAGAUCACAAACAUGUUUUGGCGGCCAUUCAAGAGGGUGCUGCCGCAGUGGAGAAUUUUCACGGAAUUCUGUACACACACGGCAUUUUCUUGCACAAGGAGUGUGGGGCACGUCUUCACCAAGAGCUUCACACCGCGCUGAACUGCUACAACAAGUUGGCAUUCCAUUCGUUGUACGGGUACUCUUUUUGUGGCUUCUCUAUGAAGUCCAAGUUCCAUGGAAUGUGCCAUACAAAACGUGAUUUGCUUGUUGAUCUGGAGUCAGCUACCUCUGCAUAUGUAAUUUCACCUCUAUGCUUUGCCUGUGAAGGCAACGAGGACACCAUCGGGCGCAUAUCCCGCCUCUCUAGAAGAGUCAGUCCAAGGAUCCCAAGCAAGAGAACUUUAGAAUUGUAUCUUGUAAAGGCGAAGAUGGUUUACGAUCGGUAUCGUAAGCAAAGAAAGAUCAAUGGACAGGGGACGCCAAAGAAGUGA